AGGCCACGCGUGUGGUGUGACGGGACAGGGGACCGGCACCUGAUGACCCUGACCUCACUGGAGCUCCCAUCCCCAAGCUUGACUGGAGUAGCUGUCAAGGCUGAUGGUUUCACAUUCCCGGACCUCUCACGACUGCUCUGGAAUUUGGAGUGUAGCUUCCGAUGUCAUGUGGCCGGUGUUCUGGACCGUGGUGCGGACCUAUGCUCCCUAUGUCACCUUCCCUGUGGCCUUUGUGGUCGGGGCUGUGGGCUACCACCUAGAAUGGUUCAUCAGAGGAAAGGACCCUCAGCCCGUGGAGGAGGAAAAGAGCAUCUCGGAGCGCCGAGAGGACCGAAAGCUGGAUGAGCUGCUAGGCAAGGACCACACUCAGGUGGUGAGCCUUAAGGACAAGCUGGAAUUCACCCCGAAAGCAGUCCUGAACAGAAACCGUCCAGAGAAGAAUUAACGGAGGGCCCAGGUCCCUGUGGCGCACUGGGCUGUGACAUGUCCCGCCACCCUGUCGACCCAGCUUCAGAACAUACAUCUGAUUUGCUUUGCUGCUCACUCUGGCUCCUUCUGCACCCUCAGCCACACACACACUGGCUGGUCCUCAAUGGCUGUACAGCUGCGGCAGUAGGGGCCAGCAAAGAGAAAGAUGGCGACUGCUGGAAGGGCUCUCCGUGACUGUGCAGGCUU